GGACCCCACUACCCUUCGACGGCACAGUGAUCCAUGCGAGAACCCUAUAUAUGGCAUCGCUGCUGAGUGCAACCCACAACACCGUGUGGAGUCUUUCUUGGGGGGCGAGAAGCAAGAAGAAGAGGCGGCCGCCUCUCAGACCCCCCACGGCGGGACUACAGAUCAGCGGGCGUUUGGCUUUUGCAUCGGUGUCAAAACGUUUUCGGUGAAUCGAUCGGGGGCACUCAGUGUUUCUCGAAGAGCCGAAGACAUCGUUUCCGUUUCGACCACCUGUCAGUGAAGGAGAGGGAGGAGCCACAAUGGCGUACGGUCGGCAGGUCGUGAUCUUGAUGGUUAUUGCUACGCUGGCGCUGGCUUUCAAUGCCAAGCCGGCUGAGGGCUGUGUCGGGUAUGUGGGCGGCGACUGCUUCCCGUUCUUCGGGCCCAACGCAUGCUGCAACUGCGACGCCGGCGGAUACGCACUCUAUUGCGAGCCAUACACCUYCGGSCAGGGAGCGUUCAAAUGCCAACACGUGGCCUUCGACAGCCGGUGUGUCACCGAAGCUGACGUGGCUCUCAUCCGCACCCAGUCGGGGAGUGAGCGCARGCUCAUGUUCUAGGCAAUGCCAGUCCUCAUGCUACGAGCUAUUAUUGUCACUGCCGAUGCCGAUGGCUUUGCCAGUCCUCAUGUUCAAGAUUCAAAACAGACUUUAAGUUAGCAACGAGGUGAGGCUCGGCCUCAGUGGGUUUGAGCGGGAAGAGGUACUAGUAUGAGAUCACAAGGAAAGUAAUUACUGUAGAGAGACUGAGAGACACUGCAUCAUCUGGGUCACCAUAUAAAAUAUUUCAUAGUUGACCUUUUAAGCUGUGUACGUGGCUGCGUAGUAUCACACAAACGAAGUUGGCACUCCUUUCUGACAAUGUUACUCUUAAUAAGUCCUCUGCAAUCCUUUUCU